AUGGUUGCUGGUGCCGCUGCUAACACUGCUAAGAAGUCUUUCUGGUCUAUCUGGUAUAAGCAUGAAAUUAUCCCCAUCUACGUUACUGUUGGUGCCGCUUGUGGUUUAGCUGGUUACUAUCUCACUCGUCUUGCUCGUGGUCCUGAAGUUGUUUGGGAUCGCACCAACAACCCUUACCCUUGGCAAAACAUUGACCAAGACACUCAAGUCAAGUUCAUGACCGUCAACCAAAAGUUCGGCAAGACCUACUCUCGCGAUAGAUUAUAG